AUGGUAUCAAAGCAUGAGCCGCUCCUCCCGCCGCCGCACCGCCUUUACCUCCCUCCUCCGCUCCCAGCCGACGCCUUUGCCUCCCUCGCCGCCGCCGCCGCCGCCGCCGAGUGCAACUGGAGCCCCGCCGUCUUCGGCCUCCUCGUCAGGGUCCUCGCCCGAUCGGGCCGCGUCGCCGAUGCGCUCCGCGCGUGCUGCCGCGCGCUCCGGAUCGGCCUCCCCCCCGACGCCGCCGCCUUCAAUUGCCUCCUCUGCGCUCUCGUCAACGCGGGCCAGUUCGACCUCUCGUGGAAGCUCUAUCGCCGCAUGCGGAGCGCCGGGGUCGACCCGAAUUCGUACACUUUCAAUAUCUUGAUCCGUGCCCUGUGCCGGGGAGAGGGCGCGGAGAAGGCCGGGGAGUUCUUGGAGGAGUGGGAAUCCGAUGGGUUCGAUCCCGAUAUCGUGACCUACAAUACCUUGCUCGAUGGGUAUUGCAGGAGAGGGAGAUUGGGCGACGCGCUCUACCUGUUCGACGUAAUGUUCCGCAGAGGGGUCGAGCCCGACUUGGUUUCCUACACUGUUCUGGUGAAUGGGUUGUGUAGAGAUGGGCGCGUGGCGGAAGCACGCCGGCUGUUCAAUCGAAUGCUUCAGAGAGGCCUCAGCCCGGACGGCCUCGCCUACCGGGCUCUUAUAGCUGGGUAUUGCAAGAAAGGCAGGAUGAGGGAGGCGAGGGCUCUGCUUAAUGAGAUGAUUUCGAGCAGGUUGGUGCCCGAUAGCAUUACCUGCGGGGUGGUCGUCGAAGGACAUGUGAAGUGUGGGAAGUUGCUUUCUUGCUUGAAUCUGGUCGUGCAACUUCGGAAAUAUGGGAUUGUCAUUUCUUUGGAUAGCUACGAGAAACUAGUCAGUGCACUGUGUGCGGAGGACCGGCCGAAUGCGGCGAGGAACCUACUGAAUUGGAUGCUGCAAGAUGGGUAUAGUCCGAAUUUGAAGAUAUAUAAUUUGAUCGUCGAUUGCUUUUGUAAAUGUGAUUGUGUGCAAGAGGUACUUGAAUUGAAGGAUGAGAUGGUUGGGAGAGAUAUCCGGCCUAAUUUGGAGACUUAUCGGAUACUUAUUAGUUGUCUCUGUAGGCUAGGCAAGAGUUCUGAGGGCGAGAUCUUAAUGGCAGAGAUGAUCGAUUCAGGUCUCAUGCCUGACUCUCUUAUUUGUAGUGCCCUGGUUCAUUGCUGUUGUCGGCGAAGAGAAUUUGGUAAGGCAGAAUCACUCCUGACGUAUUUUUCUCAGGAACUUGUGAUUUAUGACAAUGAGAGUUACAAUGCUCUAAUGAGGGCAUACUGUGAGGAGAAUGACAUGGCUGAGUCUCUAGAGCUGCAGGAUAGGUUACUUACGUUGGGUUUUGUUCCGAGUAGCGAGACAUGCAAGUCUAUGAUCUAUACGCUCUCCAGAAAUGAAAUUCAUGGCUAGCAGGAAAAGUAAACUGUGUUGACAUUAACCAUCUUCUUCAAGGGGUGACACGACUGAUAUUCCUGUAAAGGAGAUCUGGUAUUAAAGUGUCAGGUCAGCAUUCUGUUUGAUCUGCCAGAGCGGGUCGUUCAGAGGCUAUUUUCAGGUUAUGGAGGAUACGGAAGCUUUCUUUGUCAUAUAUUAUUAGAAACAGGGGAUAUGAUUUUUUUUUUUAAAUACUUAUUUACUUAGCUGCGAGGUAACUAAGCAUUUUAGACCAUGAUCAAUUGUCCAUUAUAGUCAUUUUCCUGAAGUUGGAUCUUUGCUCAGAGCCUUAUUAUGAUCAUACAUUGUUGUGCAUCACAUAAGCUGUAUAUCAUAUGUCGAAUGGGUCUUCAAUGACUCAUCUCAAGUUAAAUUUUGGCCUUUUUUCUCCAUAUGGAAUUUACAAAUUCUGUAGUUUGGCUGAAUAUGUUGUCGGAAAUAGGAUAGGCUGUUGGGGCGGCAGACGAGGGGGUGCCAUGUCAAAUAUUUAUUGGAUUUCUAAGUGUUUUGGCAGUAAAUAUGGUGGGUAGCUCUGAUGACGGAGAUGGUCAAAUCUGUCCUCAAUCCUCUCUAUGUUGUAUAUUCUGCCUUAGUCAGCGAGCUGGAGCUUCAGUUAAGUGAAAAGCUUCAGUGUUUCAGAAAUUUGUGAUUGCAUGUGAAAGUCGCAAUGAUCAUAAUCGGUCAUACUGCAAGAAUUGUGAGGUGGCUGAGAUUCUACAUAGUUUCAUGAUAUUGAUCCAAACAUGGAGUCUUGCAGGCCGCUGAUCUAUGGACUGUUUAGAAGUAAAAUAUGUUUUUAAUAGAUGAAUUUGGAAGCUCAGUUCUUAGGAGAGGAUAAAAAUUUGAUACUCCUAACAAUUAUUUGGAUCUUACAAAUGCCUGAAGAUGAUUCUACUUCAUUUAGAAGGAUAGAUGGUGCAGAGGACAUCACUCUGAUUUUAUGAUGGUGGAACUGCUUCAAGUAUUUUGCAAAAUGGAACUUUAUUAUGCUUCUCACAUCCCUGCGCUUCCAAUAGUUGUGUAUAAGUUGCCGAAGCCGUAUCUAAUUUCUUGCCCAAGAAUUUGCCUCGUGUGCUCUUUGUGCUAGUGAUAAGAUAACUGGAAUCUAUUUCCAUCUGUAUGGCUGCAUCCUACUAUAAGUGUUGGUGCUUCACAGCCACUGAAGUUGUUCUGCGAAGUAAUUGUCUCAUUUUCUAAGGCAACGGAACGCAUCAAAACCCCAGGCAACCGUAAUUGCCAAAAAGUAACCUCUCGGCACUGUUUUGUAAGGCAAAGCCCGUGCGGCGCUGGAGCCAUUUGCCGGCCUGUGAGACUCUUCAGUCAGAAUCAAGUGAAAUCUAUGAUGUCGAGGCAGGAGUCCUAGUUGCUGUACUGCAAUUUGCGAUAUCUUGGAGCUAAGUUGCAGGAUAGCUGACCACCAGCAUCUGUAUCUUGUUUUCUUGCACUCCUCACCAAGCUGCAACUGGCCUGUUUUGCUUUGCCACAGUUCAAUUGCCUAGUCUUGGAAACUCUUGGAGGUACAGUUAUUAUCACUUGGUACAGAGAUAGUCACUCAUACAAGAUAAACUGAAUAGUAGGGUAAGGCACUAUUCGGUUCAAACCAAAUUAUUGAACCGAACCGUCUCGUUUCGGUCGUUAAUGUGUGAUUCGGUUCAGUUCGGUUUUACAAAUUGAAAACCGGAAAAACCCACUAAUCUGAAUUAACCUAAAUUAUAAAAUUACUGUAUAAGAGUCUUAAAACUAAAAAAGAAAAUAUGUAUUGGUUCGUUCGGUUUUGCGUAUGGAUCCUAUUGUAGCAAGUCCCUAGCUAUGGAGAAGUUUUUAAAAAAGUAGAUGGUAAUCAUUGUUAUAUUUAGACUAAAGAUUCUGAACAUAAAAUUAAUUAUGAUUAUAUGUUAGUUUUUAGUAGUUUUAAAAGAUUUAAACUGGACAAAAAUAUUUUACUGAAACCAAAUAAACCGAACCAAACUGACCUAUACUCACAUCUAUGAAUACCGUAAUGGUCUGGGACGAGUACAAAGUUUUGCCAUGCCGAGUAAAACCGCUACGGAAGAGAAGUACAUAAAUCGGCGCGGUUAAUUGAAUCACAAUCAUCCCUGCUUGGAGUGGAUAUAUAUUUAUAUAGUUUUUGAAACUAUGUUUUUACAAAUGUUGUCCUUGGAUUCCAAAUAAACUGCAGGAAUAAAGAAUUGCUGAAACAAUGCGAGGAAACAAAUGUAAUUGAGAGUGCUUAACUCACCCUUCCUCAACAAGUUUCAAUCGAAGGCUAAAUGUGAACCAUUUAUAGAGUGAUAAACAAUUUAGAUUGAACCGUCAAUCUAUGUUAUUGAUUAGUCGGUUUUAUAUAUUUCUUUUCUUUUUUAAUUUUGUUUGAAUAGAAAACUCUGCCUUGGCUAGUAUUUAUCAAAUAUCGUAUGAUUGAUUUAAGUGGGUAGAAGCACUGCAAUUGCUUGAUCAUCACCUGAACUUCGGUUAACUUAGAUUUAUUCGUUUCAUUUGGUUCUCGAUUUGUUAAGAAUUGAAUCGAGCCUCUAACAAAACAGUGUCUAAUCAAUCGAAAUGAGUCGGUUCAGUUCGGUAAUUCGAGUUGGAUCUGAUGGUUCUUAACUCAUUCAGUAACCAUUAACCAGAGUUGCUCUUUCUUUUACCCACCUUUUGAAAGAGAGAACAGUGAAUGGUAACAACAUUAGUGAGUUUACUCCUGGUCCUUUUUUGCACUUGUCCCCCGCAAAACAAAUUUAUCUUGCAAAUGAUCCUAUCAAAUUCGUAAAUAUAGAAAUGGCUCUGUAUUGUACAUGUAGGCGCCACGUGAAAUAUUUCAAGUGAUACGGUGAUUCAUUCGCCGUGUUUAGUUAAAUAAUAUAGUAUAUUGUUAAAAGUAAAUUUUUAACUCUUCAUACAUUAUUCCAAACAAGGCGAAUGAACUGCCGUUUUUUAAAUCUAUUGAAUGAAUCGCCACUGUGUUUACUUAAAAUAUAUUUUUCUUAUCCCACGUGGCGUCUACGUGUACAAAUGAAGGAUCAUUUCUGCUGCAUUUAUAAUUUUGAUAGAAUUUUUAUAAAAUAAAAUUAAAUGCAAAAAAGAGUUCUUUUAUAUGGGGGCUACAUAAAUAAAUUACCAUAAAUUAUGGUGCUAUGGUGUAUGAACAGAGCUUGCCCCUCUUUUUGUUUGGGUUGUCAUCAAAUGGAGACACAAAACAAAGUUAAAGAUAGAGAGACCAGACAAAAAGGAAACAAGCCACUGAGGUAUUAAAGAAGCUUCUUUUGCAUACUUUUUCAUGUCCCUAGUGAAUUUUUUUGCUUUUGUAGGCCUGCCUAAUUGGGCAUGUAAAACAAAAAUUGAUCAUCAGCUUAGAUAAACAGUCAUUAUUGCCUUUUUUUUUAUAUAUAUAUAUUUUUCCCUCUUCUUUAUAAGCAACUCGGAUCUUUGGGUCCUGUACUGUAACGAGGGUGUAAAAUACAUUUCUAGAUCGUUUCCUAUCA